AUGCUCAUCGAGGUGAAUGUCUGUCUAAUGGCGUACGAGAGUUCGGUGAUCGCAGUUCGCACCCAUCAUAAUGAUAAUGAGAACAACAUUGAAUUCAGCCAUCAAGGGCAAUACCUACCUCACGUCCACGAAUGCGACAAGCUUCGCCUAAAUGCAAUCCUUCUCCAUCUUUCGUUCAUCUUCAUCGAUAUUGCCUGUCUGAUAAAUGACCUUGCUCACAAGAACUACAACCAAGCUCCCAACUUCGCACCCAUAGAAGUGAACCAAGCGAAGAGACCACCAGCGGGAACAAAACCCCCAUAA